AGGCGAGGCAAGGCAGCUGGCUUCCAGGCUCUCAUUUCUGCAGGCAACAUCUUCCACAACUGGUGAUUAAUAAUUUUGACUUCUGCUCCCUUGGGGAAUAAUAUUUCUGCGCUUACCCCAUGCAACAGACAUGUGGGGAACAGCGCUCUUAAUAGCCCAUCGCCUGUCUCGUUUCAGCUCACUGCUAUGGACAGUGCUAUCACCCUGUGGCAGUUCCUCCUCCAACUCCUCCAGGAGCCUCAGAACAAGCACAUCAUCUCGUGGACCUCCAACGACGGGGAGUUCAAGCUGCUGCAGGCGGAGGAGGUGGCCCGGCUGUGGGGGAUCCGGAAGAACAAGCCCAGCAUGAACUAUGACAAGCUCAGCCGUGCGCUCAGAUACUACUAUGUGAAGAAUAUCAUUAAGAAGGUGAACGGACAGAAGUUUGUGUACAAGUUUGUGUCUUAUCCGGAGAUUCUGCACAUGGACCCGUUAGUGGUGGGCAAGAUCGAGGGAGACGCCGAGGUGGCAGGCUUUGCUGAGGUCAGCGGCACACCCAAGGACACGGAGAACUGUGGGAAAGAGAAGACCCAGUCUUGUGCAAAGUCAUCCAGCCGCAAUGACUAUAUCCAUUCGGGCCUGUACUCGUCUUUCACCCUUACCUCCCUGAACUCCUCCAGUGUCAAACUCUUCAGGUCAAUCAAGAUUGAGAAUUCAGCUGAGAAGCUGCCGGAAAAGAAACCUGCUCAGGAUGCAACUGCCUCCGUCAUCAAGUUUGUAACCAUGCCCUCCAAGAAACCUUUGGCUGCUCCUCUCGUCUCGGCCCCGUUGAUGGUCUCACCCGCUCCGACUGUCCCUUCCAUUUCCACCAUGUCUGCCCUUCCGACAGGAACAGAAGAAGUUCUCCAGCCCUUGGAGACACUUGUUCUACCUAAACUAACUGCUCCUGAAGCCCCAGCCCCUUUGCCAAACUUAACCACCAGCUUCACCCCAACUCCCCCUGUAUCCUCCAUUUCUCCCACUCUGCAGGUCCCUUCUUCUCCCCCAUCACCGCCCUUGAGUUCUAACCCAGACCUGGAUAUCGACACGGACAUAGAGUCGGUGGCUUCCCAGCAGCUGGAGCAAUCCCAGAACCUCCAGCACCCAUCUCCAGAGCCCAAAGAGCAGGAUUUAUCCAUGCUGGAUAAGGACCUUGCCAACCACUUCUCACGAUCCAAGAAACCUAAAGGACUGGAGCUGGCCCCGACUCUGGUCAUCACUGGCAGCGAUCCAAGCCCGCUGGGGAUACUAAGCCCUUCUCUGCCAACUGCCUCUCUUACUCCAGCACUUUUUUCACAGACUCCCAUCUUGCUGACCCCAAGCCCCUUGCUCUCCAGUAUCCAUUUCUGGAGUACGCUCAGUCCAGUUGCCCCUCUCAGUCCAGCCAGGUUGCAAGGUGCUAACACCCUUUUUCAGUUUCCAUCAGUGCUGAACAGUCAUGGGCCAUUCACUCUCUCUGGACUGGAUGGACCUUCCACCCCUGGCCCAUUUUCCCCAGACCUGCAGAAGACAUAGCACAUGACCUCACAGAAGGACAAAUUGGGGAGCAAGGGAAAGAGAUGACAUUCAGUGUAAUCCAUGUUUUUAAAUGAGCAAUUUAUAAUUCCACAGAGAUGAUAAGUAGACAUGAUUUUUGCCAUUCCCAGCUACAAUGCCUUUUGCAGAAUUCCCUUUUUUUGAAGACUGUAUUGGGAAUGCACAGGGAAACGCCUUAACUGGAGUCCAGGCUCCGCAGACUUUUCUCUCCCUCCUUGGUUAAGAAGACUUUUUAUUUUGCUUUGACUAAAGGGAGUUUCUGUCAGUGAUGCAGUGACUGGAUCUGCGUUGAUUGCAGCAGACGGUGUCAAAGAAGUCUCUUCUCUCUGACCCUGGAAACCCUCCGUUCUCCUGCCACUCCUACUAGAUGAGAUGAAGAACAAUUGUGAGUGAAGCUGGUAUUCCAAGAAAUGCGUGGUCAGGGGGUCUGAAUGCAGCUCUUCCAUGGGUCUGCCAACUUUCAGAGCCUCAAAACAGCUAACGUCCUAUCUGCUGUAACAAAAAUCUCAUCUCGCUGGGAGACAUUUCAAAGGAUGUACUUAGUGAUGGGGUGGGUGAGAAGCGGACACUUUCUGGCUGGGGUUGUACAUGGGCAAUUGGGCAGCAAGUCUGCCUCUCUUGGGUUGGUUGGCACUGACAUGCCUCCAUUCCCCCCCAGGCCUGGAGCGAGGAAGCAGGACUUGGAGACAAAAGGGAAUGGGAUGAAUUUGUUUGGGGUGCUGGAAUUGUUUGAAUGCUAAGAGCCAGCUGUUUCCUGGUCCUCCACAUCUGCACAAAGCCUGUAUGUUGGCGGCGAGAAGGUUUUUUGAGCAGUAGCUGGUUUCUAGGGGUGGGGGUUGUCUGGGUACUGGGUGAGGUUGCUGUCUUGCUGCUGCGCUGGAGACCUUAAUGAGAGAGAACGCUACGGUUCUGCUCUUUUCCUACCAGCGUGGUACCCAAAACGGAAGAGCCUCCCCUCCCACUUGCCCCAGCUCUCAUCUCAGGUUCUGGUUUAGAGCUUUGCUUUUCAUCUGAGGAGGUGUCGAUAACCAAGACGCACAGAUUUGGUGUAUGGUGCUGAAGUAGGGAACAAACAAAGCUGCAUCAGCAUGAAGGUCCAGGCGUGCAUGGUCUCCAGGUGGCUGCCUGUGGGGGUUGCUGUCAGUGUUCUUGGGAGCUGUUUUUUAGUAUUCGUGAAGUGAGAUUUGCACCUGGAAUGAAAACCUCCACCAGCCUUUUGUGGAGGAGCUGAGGCAGGAAGGGAGAGUGUCAACCCUCUUGCCUCCUGCUCUCUGCCUCCUAAUGGGAUGUCUCAGGGUUUGGGCAUUGGGAUUUAUACCCUUUUGGGUCUGUCAUCCAGCAGCUGUCAGGCAACGGUUUCCAUUUGCUGUCAAUGUACGUGCAAUGACUUGGUGGCCUCAAAUGACCUUUUGGCUAGCAUGUCCAUUGGAAAUGCUGGAGGGUACCACAGUGCCCUCUGAUUGGCAUCCUUGCUAGCUGUCUUAGAUGCUGAAGACUGAAUGAUCAUGGGAGUGGUUACUCCAGAGUGGAGGUGAGGGAGGCUUGCAGCGCUACUUCCUGUAUCGCACCUGUCCUUUGGAUGAACAGAGGACUUAAAUCUCCAGGACUUUCAAUUUGGCACUUUUUGCAAGCUCUUAAGUGUGUGUGUGGGGGUGUGUGUGUGUGUGGGUGUGUACUUGUACGCACCCGUGUGAGCACUUCCAAGACUUAAUGUGGUACAAGUGGCCUGUCGUAUGCUAGCAUUGAAACGUAACCCUGUAUUGUUCAUCUUUUAAUACAUCGCCCUUGAGAAUUGGAUGUUAAACGCCCCUGCCCAAAACAAGUAAAAGAGUAUGCCUAGCGUCAGAGAGGGGCAGACAGUCAGCAGAGGUGGUGAGCAGCCUGCUUUUUAAGGCACGUUACUGCUUCCAGUUUUGGACAUCAGCAGGUAGUGAUUAGAAGUCACAAGCCCUUGGCUCUUAACAUGACAAUGUGCAAUAUUCACUGGUUAUUAAGGUAGACAUGCAGAAAGAGAGCUGCAGGUAGUAAUUGAGAGCAAGCAUCUGGGAUUUGUGGGUUUACAUGUAGUGGCUUAUGUGCCUGCUCUAAAAAAAGAAGUGUGUGUGUGUGUGUGUGUGUGUGUGUAUGCCUGUGUGUGGAUAUAGGUGUGCGUGUGUGUAUAUCUAUAUCUAUAUCUAGAUAGAUAUAUAGAUAUAGAUUUAUAUAGAUAUAAUCUAUAUAUAAUUAGCAGCACUUUUGAUGGUUGUAUUAGGCUGGCCAAGUUUAUGCCCAAUAAGUGUGAUGCCUGGAGGGUGGCAUUGCAGAAUAAGGAUUCUGUUUUUAAAAAAAAGUCAUGAGCACUAGAGUUGUAGCAUGAUUGCUUCCCUCUUCCUGCGCCCCUGAAGACAAGCCAAGGUUCUUUGUUUAAAGUAUACCUGUGUGUAGGUGUGCGCUCGCACUUUCUCACCUACCCUUUUUUUUGUGGGUUAUAAAAUUUUCAGUAUGUGUGUGCAAGCGAACUAAAUGCAAACCCAUCUUGGCAGUCUUUAGGUUCGCUUGGUCCAGUAGAGUGAUGCCAUCUCUGCAACUUCAACAGGAAGUGUGGCCACGGUGGGUUUGGCAGUGCACUGGCUGGGACGGGGUUGGGGCACUGUGUUGUUUGAUUAUUGGGGAAUAACGUCUUCAUUGGAAGUUACUUUGCCCCUCUUGGGAUUUUCUGCUUCUUGACAUACCAUUGAGAAGACUCUUGUCCCCUAACCACUGCUGAGAAAAAGAUCUCCUUUUUAGAGCUGUUCGGUCAGCAGGUAUCCUUGGAUGGCAGCAGGCAGAGGUGACUGCGGAGAGGCUAGUUUGCUUAGCUUUUCCCCAUCACGACUUCCCAGAUCACUGUUAAACAAGUGACUUGGUCUUGUACAUGUUGCCUCAUUAGUGAGAUGGCUUGUAAACACACACUUAUUUGAGAAGGACACGACUGCCAACGGUUUGGGAUGGGAACAUUCCUGACAACACAUGGUGUAGGUGUAACUUUCUGUGAGUCUCUACUACCCUCCCAGCUUCCUUCAGGGUGAUCUGGCCGGUUCCUGCUACUUGUUCUUAAUAAGGGGCUUUUAUUUUAUUUAAGGCUUUAUAGUGCCAUUGUGCAUUGUUGGCUAAAAGGUAACAAAAAUGGCUAUUGCUGUAUAUUGCAGUUGCUGCUGCAUAAUAACCUUGCAAAGUCACGGAGCUUGCCCUGCCGCCGCCUCUGCCAUAUCUGCUCCUUUCUCUUAGGAGGCUUGAAUCUCCCUGGGUGUCAUUCCCACAGCUUUCCUGGCAGCUGGAGAUGGGCAUCCUGAGGGAGGUGGUGUAUGUGGCAUAGUCUGCCGCUAAAGGAAUCCAAUUUGUUCCGUAUCCACUUGCCUGCAGGGAGGGCAAUCCCAGUCUGAGGGAGGCAGAAGGGAAUGUAGAAGGAGGUUGUCUGUUCAGCAGAAGGGCCACUUGAGACUGAAUGCUCUUGUUUUGAAAAUUGUUUUUCAGAGGUAGUUGCUGAAUCUAGUUCUCAUGCACCAUCCUUAGUUAGGGUUGUGUUUUGCAGUCAGUUUGGAAGCAAGCUAAGAUUGAGUCCUUGAAUUCCAGAACUCUUGAUUAUACACCGAACAUCGAAGGGCUUUGACAUCAGUGCAUUUCUGAAUGGGAUGUGCAUUGCAAAGGGCCUUGGUAUUCAGGUCCUUGGGAUAAUUUCUCUCUCUGCUACAGUUUCACAGCCUCAGAGAUACCUAGCACGUAUGUUCUUUUUGGCCUUUUUGUGUGUUCAGUUUAACCUCAGUGACAGUCACUCAUACGCAUAUAUCUUCCUUUAUGCAACACAAUCACUUUUCAAAACCAGGGCCAUGUGUUACCCUGGCAAGGAUCUCUCUCAUUCGUUCAACUUUACUGCAAGCACUUCUGCAGCAAAUCAAAAUGUUAUACGAGGACUUGAUUAAAAUAACUCUGUAAUUCUCUGGGCGAAGGCAAAUGUAGAACUCGGAUCCACUCAAGUGAGGUUUUCCAAUGCUGCGUUCAGAAGCCUCCAGUUCUGAUGACCUAGUAGGUAUCUAGGUGAUCUGAUGAUCUAGUAGGUAUCACUCAUGUAUCUACUUUUAAUGAACUUUUUUGGUACUAUUUUUAUAGCAUUUUUAUAUGUAAUCACAUUUUACUAUACAAUUUAACAUUUUAUUUUCAGUUUUAAGAUGUGCUUGUUUACAAGAUGCAUCUCACUUGUAUCACGAGGCUAGCUUGGUAAGUGUCCAGUAGAAAUCAGACUAUUUCAGUAGCUAACGAAUGUUGUCAAGAUUGACAGACAUUCACAUUUGAUUGUUUGGGUUUAUGGCUCUCUCAAAGAAUUUUGCUCUGUUUCUGUCCUUGGUUCUCAUGCAUAAGAAAUCCAUGUGGUUUGGGGUCUCUGAGACAUGAGGUUUGUGUGCUUUAUCUUGCCUAAAAGAAAUGCAAAACUCAAGAACUCUUGGUUCGGAGAUGAUAGUUUUUUGUGGUUUCUUAGUUGAUCUAAUAAAAGGUAUGAUCUCUGAACCAAAAGUGCUAGAGUUUUGCAUUUCUUUUUGUCUCACGGCUACCAAAUACAUCCCAUUAUCUUGCUUAAAGAAGGACGCACAGUGCACAGCUUGCCUGUUGGAGAGAAACCCCAGGGCCCAUCCUGCAACAGCAGCAGCAAAGUUUAACUUCCAUCACUCGUGCAACUGUGGUCUUUGGGAAGUUGAUUCCAGAUGCUUUAAAAAGGUGCAGUAGGAUCUGCUCAAAAGAGGCAGUCUAGUGAAAUGGUUUUAAUGGUGAUUUAAUGUAGUGAUGGUGAAUGCAAUGGCCGCUGCUUAUUCUGAAGGGGACUGACGAAAUUUCUGUUUGAUGUGGAAGCAUCUGGUCAGUGCCAGUGGGAUAAGUAAUGGUUAACAUGUAAGAUGCCAAAUACCGAUCCUUUUAAUACUGUGGCAGUCAAAGGAGGAUUACAAGAGGAAAAGCAGUGACCAGUGUUUUUUAUACUUAGGGUUUUAAUGCAGUUCUUUCACAAAGUCUCUUCAUUGGAUACGAGCUCUCGGUUCACAGCAGAGAGCUGGCUGGUUGAGGGGAUUCCUGGUCGCAUCGUGGUUAUGUUUGAGACGGUUAUUUUUGUUGGCAUUCUUGAAGGAUGGUUCUGGACAGGCGGGUCCUUGUGAGUGUAUUCCUCCUCCCCUGUUACCAACUUUUAGCACACCCCAGAGCCGUUGUAGCUGCAGGAAGGAAAGCAGCAUUGCACUCUGCCUCGUGCAUCAUCAGCAGACUCGCCGCUUGAAUUUCUUGGCUGUCUCUCUGGUGCCAUGUGAAGCGGAAAGAACAGAACUUGAUCUUCAGAUAGCCAGAGCUUGACGUUAGAAAUGCUGUGGUUUUGUCUUGUACAAUGAACAGGCUGACAUGGGAGGGACACAUUCCAUGUGGGAUCUCGAUCCUCUUUACAGGACAGGUUUCCUGACCAUAACAAUGCUUUAAACUGUGGCACCAGGUAAGGAAAAUGAG